GGUGCACAUUCACUCAGCCUGCGCAGUUGACCUUUGGCAACGAUCGCCUCUGCUGCAGCUGCUUGGAGCCCCAGGCAACUCUGGUGAACUGAGUGCUUUGCACCUCUUUGUAACAGAAAAAUCACCAUGUGGUCUCUCCUUGGCUGCUUCCUCCUCGGUGCUUUCCUAGCUACAGGUACUUGUCUUCAGUGUGAGGUGUGCUAUGGCGGAGGCAACAACUGUACUGGUGAAAUGAAGACUUGUGGUGCUGGUCAGGAUACCUGCAUCAUCAGUCUGAUGGAGUAUUCACAACCUCCCGUGACAAUCACAUCUGUCGCUAAGGACUGUGGCUCAUCCAGCUUCUGCAAAAUUGGUGCUGAAGAGAUAAAUCUUGGGAGUGGAAUGCAAGUGAGAUCAAAUAUCGUCUGCUACAAGGAGAAUCAAAGUGGAACAGUCUCACUUCCUGUGCUGCCACCACCAGACACCAAACCCAAUGGUCUCCAGUGUCCUGGCUGUGUUGGGAUGUUUUCCACCAAGUGCAAUGCAAAGCCUGUUGCCUGCAAUGGAGAAGAGACCAAGUGCAUCAACAUUGCUGGGAACGUCACAGUGGUUCAGACCAUAGAUGUUUCCUUCAAGGGAUGCGCUAAUGAGGCUUCCUGUACCAUGAUCAAAUUGGGGCCAAGAACGUUUGCAGGAAUCAGUACGGAUCUGGCUACGGCUGAGUGCAGUGCAGCUGUUUCCACCAAAGCUUGGUAACCAGCUGACUCUUACAUCACAGAAUGUCAUUGCCGAACCACAUCUUUCUUGUCUAAAUGGCUUGCCCUUCUUCGCAUGCUUUCUUAUUGAUUAGUUGAUUAGCUUCUCCCAAAAUCAUAUCAAAUCAAAAAAAUAAAUAACUGAAGAACUUGAUUAUAAAUAAAUCCUUGCAGUGCAAUACCUGUGUCCACCACUUGAGGCAGCAUAUGCUCCUUUAGAAUGAACCCACCAAUAUAAUAGAGAAAGAGAUAUUAUGUGUAUGGCAGUUUAAACUCUUCCUUGAGUUUAAAAAUCAAGUGGGUAAAUGACCAGAUCAACAGGGAAUCACAUUGGAUAUUCUCUCUGUGUGUGUGAGAUUCAUUUGUUCCAGAAACAGAGAAUUCAGAAGUUUCAAGAAGCAGCAGAAUGCUGAGAUUGUUUUGUCUAUGGCAGGACAUUUUCUGUGGGAGCUUUAUCUUUGGACAUGUGCAGUGUGACCGGAAGCACUGAUAACAACAGUUUUGUGUAACUUGUUGUGAGUCUUUUGCUUAUGCCUUGUGAUGAGAGGAGCAGAGUGAGUGUCUUGGACUCUUGUUGGAUUCUAAACCUGCCUUGACAGUGGUGAAUGUCUGUAUAUCUUUGCUACCAAUAUGCUUUUAUGCCUGUCA